AUGUCAAGUCGAUCGGAGGACAGCGAAAACACGUCCGCUGCCCACUACGCCGUGACGCAAAAUGUCAGUCUGUUUAUCUAUAGUCAUGUACGAGAAAUUAUUGUCAAUGUCAAUUAUUAUGUUUUUUUGGUAAAUCUAGAUGAUAUAAACACUAUUACAUCACACUGCAAAAGUCGAGCAGGCCCGUGCGCAGAAGAAGAAGCAGAUUUGAUCAGACAGGAGGCUGCCAUCAAGGCCAGCAGAACUGUGUUAGCACGUAAGAAAGAACUGGAAGCGGCAACUCUAGGACUAGAAGCCGUGAGAAAGGUUCUGGAAUUUUCAGAUGUUGGUGAAAGUGUUUUUGGUGAAUAUCAAGAUCCCAAUAAAGAACAUUUGAUGGAGCGAUAUUUGAAUGAAAAUAUGAGAAUGAACGCUCCUCCACCUGAUCCAGUGCUGAAUGAAAUACCUUCCCCUGCAAUUGUAGAUGCGCAUGAUAUUAAAGUGUCUGAACCUAUACAGAACUCAUUGAUUUCCGUUGUUCCCCAGGUUUUGCAACAGACUAACACAAAGCAGGACACUGUAUUCGAUCUUGCAAAGGCAGUAUGCGAAAAUAUAAGAACUACAAAUGCUCGCAAUCCAGAGAGGGCUCUCACUCAAAUAUGGGAAAGACUUGACCUGGAGUAUGGUAGCCCUGAAGCAGUUGAACAUGCUAUGAAGCAGCGGAUCAUUAACUUUACACCGUUAAUGGAGAAUGAUAGGAAACGUUACUUUGAUCUGUACGACCUAGCUGCUGAGGUUGAAUCCUUGAAAAGUGAUGAAGCCUACGGAUCAGCCUUCGCAUAUUUUGACUCCACAACUGGAAUAAAUGACUUUGUUCGAAAAUUGCCAAAGCGUUUUCGGGAGAAAUGGAUGACAACGUGUGACAAAUACAAGGUCAACAAUGGAGUGUCUUAUGUGCCCUUCCAAGUGUUGGUGAAUUUCUUGCGAGACCUUGCUAGGCUUAGAAAUGACCCUGGUUUGAUAUUGGAGAACUUACCUCAGAAUACAACCACACAGCAUCCACCACAGAAAAAGUCGGCACAAAAGUCGGAUGUAUUUGUUCGCAAAACAACCGUAGCACCAGAUCGUCUCGAAUAUGAAACUGACAGUGACAUUUCCUAUGUACGGUGUCCCAUUCAUGGAGGAAAUUCCAACCAUGCUUUGCGAGAUUGUCAGAAACUCUGUAAGAAACCUUACAAAGAGAGAAUUGAUUUCCUUUUCAAGAAAGGAUAUUGUCUGAAAUGUUGUGGCCAGAAACGCCAUUUAAAAAAGAACUGUCAUGAGUCGGUCAAGUGUGAAAGGUGUAAUUCAACGGAACAUGUAACUAUUCUUCAUCCAGACUCUGCACCUAGGAAAGUCCAGGAGGGGGAGCAGCCCGAUGUGAAUGCAUGUUGCACAGAAAUAUGCAAAGUACCCCGAAACACUUCUAAAUCUUGUUCAAAAAUUGUGUUAGUGUCGGUGUUUCCAGAGGGAGAACGUUAUCGAGAACGAACAGUUUACUGUCUGAUAGAUAACCAAAGCAACCGAUCCUUGGCAUCACCAUCAUUUUUUGAUGCUUUCAACAUACGUGGCCCAGAGACAGAAUAUGUGCUAUCAACAUGUACAGGGAGAUCUGUUACAUCUGGACGGAAAGCAUCGGGAUAUGUAGUGCGCUCACUAGAUGGAUCAUGUACUCUCACAUUACCAAGCCUCAUUGAAUGUGAUGAGAUACCUGACAACAGGAACGAGAUUCCUUCUAAAGCUGUUGCACGAGGAUAUUCACACUUACAGGAUAUUGAGAAAUGUAUUCCUGAGAUUGAUGAGAGUGUCAAUAUUGAACUUUUGAUUGGUCGCGAUCUAAUAACAGCACACCAUGUAUUGGAUCAAAGAAUAGGAACAGAUGUCUUACCUUUUGGUCAAAAACUGCCCCUCGGCUGGGUGAUAAUUGGGAACGUUUGCCUCGAAUGUGACAUUUUUACACGUCUACCAUGUGAUGAGAAACCAGGCCUCUCAAUAGAAGACAAGAAGUUUCUUCACUUCAUGGAGUCAAGUUUUCAUAGAUCUAGCGACGGAUUUUGGGAAGAGCCAUUACCCUUUCGGGAGGGUAGACAACCUCUACCAGACAACCGGUCAAUGGCCCUGCAUAGAGCCAAGUCGUUUGAUGCCAACUUGCGCUCUAACACAGAAAAGAAAAAACAAGUCAUCGAAUUCGUAGAGAAGCUUCUACAGAAUGAACAUGCAGAAUUGGCUCCCAAACUACCUGUUAAUGUUGAGCGAUGGUACUUACCAAUGUUCGCUGUAUUCCAUCCGAAGAAGCCGGAGAGCAUUCGUGUGGUGUUUGAUUCGUCGGCAAAAUAUCAAGAUGUGUCAUUGAAUUCUGUGCUUCUUCAAGGACCUGACUUGCUGAACAGUCUGGUUGGUAUCCUUUUUCGAUUCCGUCAGGAAAAGGUAGCCAUUACCAUGGACGUACAACAUAUGUUUUAUAAUUUCAAAGUACCAGAAGAACAACGGUGUUAUUUGCGUUUCAUAUGGCACCAAAACAAUGACUUCAAUCAACCCCUUGUUGAUUAUCAAAUGACUAGACAUGUAUUUGGCAAUACUGCAUCGCCAGCAGUGGCCAAUUACGGAUUCCGCAAAGUUGUAGAAACUGCUGACCAAGAUGUACAGAACCUUAUCAGAGCUUCUACGUAG